UUUCGUUUUACUUGGUUUCUCGGAAUCGUAGCUGCUCGUCCUGCAGAUAUCAUGAUCCAGACUGGGCUCAUUCUGUAUUUGAGCAUAACCACAGUGACUGCAGCCAUUCAAGAAAUACAAGCAUCUCAGGACCAAAAUGUGUCCUUGCCCUGCACUGCUGCUCUCAAGCCAAAUCUGUCCUACUGGGCGGUUCGUUGGUAUAAGGAGACCGGAGUCCCUCAUCUGAGCGGGCUGGUGUCCAAAACACUCCCUGAUGGUCAGAUGAGGUGGUACGUGGACGCAGACAUGCGGGUCUCUCUGGAGGAGGGGACUCUGAACCUGCGGCUGCCCACAGUGACGUGCUCUGACCAGGCAGUGUACCAGUGUUACCUGGCCGCACCUGUGGGGGAACAGAACAGGAAGGGGAGAGUACGCCUCAGUGUAACAGGCUGCCCCAGUCUCCAGUCUACAGAGCCCGUGGUCCCUGAAGCUCCCAAGGUCUCUGUGAUCUCCGUGUUUGCUUGUGUGCUCUUGUUGGUGGUUCUGGGUUCAGCUCUGACUUUAUUUUGCCUGAAGAAAAACCAGUGGAACAACCCAAAGAAGCCCAUAGACCACCCUUUGUACCCGGACCUCUCCCCUCGUCUGGAAAAACAAAAAUGCAUUUUCGUAAACUUCAUUUUUCCGCCGUAUUCAAAAAUCUGCACCUCAAAAUUCACCCAUGUUUAAAUCCACAAUGUUUGGAAACAAGAGAUUCUCAGUUCUGCGAUGUGCACGGUUCCACGCUGGAUAGACAAAAAGAAUGUAUUUAUAAAAGACGAUUGGUCACAACAACAAGCUCUGCAAACCUCAACGAAAACAUUUUUAUUUUAUUUUUGAUAACGUCACUGAAGCAGAGCAUAACGUGCGUAGUUUGUGUUAAUGAUAAAAGGGUUAUAUUUAAGUUAGUGGUUCCAAAAUGUUUUAAGGAUAAGUUUAGGUAACAUUGAGCACACUCCCAGUGCGGUGAGCAAACUGAAGCAACUGGACUAAAGCGGGACCACACUAGGAUUUUGAAAGAGAAUUUCUAGCAUCAUAUUGGUAGAAAUGUGUCAAAUUAAGACCUACAAACUUAUGUCGACGUUCAGUAGUUUGAAAAGAAAAAUGUGAAAAUAUUAGACCUAAAUAAUACUUAUAAUUGCAGCAUUUCAACCUAAACUUAUAUGAUCAGUUACAUUAAGCUGGUCUUCAAAAAGAGGUGACUUUAAAUCAUAACCAAAUUUAAAAACGUAACUUAUCCUUGCGUUGACCAAUAUUGACCAUUAUAUUCAACUAUUUUCACAGCUGGUUUAGUCAGUCGCUCCUGUCUGCUCCUCCAAACUGAGAGUGUCAUUUCCAUAGAGCUGCAGUAACUCCCUCAAAUAAAGACGAGCCAUAGAGCGCACACAUUUCAACACCAAGAACAUUUUGAAUUGACCUGAUAUGAAAACAGGAGCCACAGCAGCUGCACACACAGGCCUGAUGUGUCGCGUCACAAAUGUGUGCAUUGCCUUUUCAAAAUCCUUGCUAAAGUGAAGGAUCCUCAAUGAAAAGAAGCUGGACUUUCUUACAGAGCUAAUGUGCUUGUCCAGUUUGAACAUGGAGUCCACCAUCAGCCCCAGAGUCCUCACAGCAGGAAGACCAUAAGAGACAGAGGACGUCACACUGUCUCCCUCUGCCUGUCCGACCCUUUUAGUUUGUGGAGCAGUUUAAGACCAGACUAAAACCCAGCUCUUCUCCCUGGCAUUUGGUUGUUGCUAGGCAGGAUAUGUUGGUGUUUUCUUGAUUGUGUCAUAUUUUAUGUAUAUCUGUUUUUGUUGACUUUGGGCAGCUUAAGUUUAAAUGAGUGUGAUUAAUACUAUGUACUUAAAUGACAAUUAUCUUAAAGGUACAAUAUAUAACUUUUCUGAUAGAGGGUCUGCCAAAAAUCUUAUCUCAUGAGAACUUAUUGCUUUGCCUCUAAUGUUCCUCAGUGUGGCAUUAAACUGAGCUUGCAAGAAACACCUGUAAUUUACAAAAAUGCCACAAAAAAUACCUUGAAAAACAUGGAUCAGGCCGCCUCUCCAUAGCUCUUCCUCAUCAUUUGGCCUUACAGGUAUUACCUGCUUGUCUCCAUGGAAAUAGAUGCCAUACUGUGGAACAUUUCUGGCAAAGCAAUAACAUUUCCAUGGAGACAAGCUGCUGAUGGACCUUCUACCAGAAAAGUUACAUAGUGCACCUUUAAAUUUCUGGAUUCUUAAUUGAAUCUGUCACUUCUAUAAGCUAUAAACUUACACAAAGUGCAUAUGAUUUAUAAUGUAUAAGGCAGCUUUAUGUUCAUGGGUGUAAUGAUUUAACAUUUGAAAGUAAGUUGGUUCUCAUCAGAUGUAGAUGCAUCCAAAUAUCGGUUCAGUUGAAAUCCUGGUUGAACAUUUAAACUGAUGUAAUAAAACUUUCUUGGUUAUAGUUGGCCCAGAAAGUCUUAUGUUUUUAUUCAUACCAUUUUUUUCUGUAGUUGUUGAGUUAAAUCACAGCUGCAUGACACGUGGAUCAGUUUAGUCUGAUUUCAGUUCAGUUUAGUUUGUUUUCAGUCUCUGCUCCGAUACCUGAUAUCGAUUACUUAAAGCCAUAGUAUUGAAAUUGGUAUUGGAACAGAAAAAGCUUGAUCGGUGCAGCUCUAACUCGCACUAUGAACAGUAGAUCAUGCUAUUAAAACACCUCGGUCACAGUUUAGUAACAAAGAAGUUGAUUUAGUUCCGCUUGAAAGAAAAAACCCAUAAAAACUGGCAGCACUUUUUGGCAACAAAGCCGCUCUUUAUAACUAUAUAUCUGAAUAAAAAUGUAUUCAUAUUAUAAUCAAUGAUGUUUAAAUGUGUAUGCUUUAAACGUACUAACUUGACUAAAGUGGACUGUCCACUGUGGAGCCCCUGACAUCACUGAACUGAGCUGUGCAGUUUUUAGCCCUCAGUAAAAUGGUUUUGAGAUUUAAAGUGUGUGUACAUUUAAAAUAGUCACCCACAGCUUGGAUCACAGCUUUAGACACUUUGAGGACUUUUAAUAAAAAAUAUAGUUGAGCCAUUUCAUUUUAUUUCUUUACUCCAUAAUUCCAUGUAUGUAUAUCAUAUAUUUGAGGUAUUUUGUAUGUAUAUAAAACACAGAAAGUAGUAAAAAUUAAUGAGAUGGCAGUGUAUAAACUCGAUAUGUUGAAGCGAGACACUGCAGGUGAAUAGAAAUACUAUAGAUAUUAAUCCAACUUUCUGCAGUUUAGAGGGACUACAUUAUACUGUUUUCUGAUCUAUGUUAUAAUGUUGUUUGGAGUUGUGUUUUGUUUAUGUUUAACACACAAACUCUGCACAUUUAGGCUCAGUCCUCCCCGUUUCACCUUGUGAUGUCAUCAUGUGGUGAUACAGGAAGUGCUCCACUGUGUUUUUAAACUCCAUACACCUUCACUAGAAUCAUUUGGAAGAUUUCAGCCCUGGAAUUUCCAAUCCGAGCAAAAGGUUGAACGUAGCUGUGAACUUGAAAACUACCACUACAUGACAUCACAAGGUGGAACAGAGCAUUUUUAAGCUUUGGAGAUUGUGUUACAAUUUGAGUUAUUCAUAUUUUUUCAUUAAUUUGCAUGAAUCACCAUACACAGUUUCAUUCAUUUUACACACAUAUUUUCUGAUUUUGGGUGCACACGUUUGACUUCAUCUGGCUGAAGUCACUGUAUUAAUCACUGUUAUUGUCUCUGUAGAGUUAUAAUUAUUUGCCUUGUUACUUUGUCCAAGUUAGUAGUUUUAGUUCAGUGUAAUACCUCCCUCUUGUCUUUGGUUUUGGUUAAUUUCUUGUGCUUAAUCACCUCAUUUCUUUUUCCUGGUUGGGUUAGUUUUAGUUAUGUUGAAUUCUGGUUAAGUUGACUCCAGUUGGCCCAGCUUUUUGUACCUAUUAUCUGAAUCAUUUUGAGCCUUUGUUAAAUUACUUAUUUUAUUUUUACACUUUUGUCACCACCUUUCUGUUUGAUCCACUACAGAGAUGUAGACAGACUAAUAAUAAAGGAUUACUCAAAC